AUGGCAAUGAAAUUUAGUCAUGGUUCAGAAGUGGAAAACUCUCUGCCAAAGAUUGUCCCCAGUCUCCUUCGAAAGUUUAGUUCCAGUGGCGGCUAUGUCGCGUUCGGGGACGCGGUAUCUACUUUGCGGUAUCUCAAGGAGGACAGGAAACUCAAGAUUGCAAUCCUGAGCAAUACGGAUUCUAGGAUACACCAGGUCAUCGACGCACUUGGUAUUAAGCGCUACGUCGAUUGGACGGGCUUGAGCGCGGAAAUGAAAACAGAGAAGCCGAACGCCGAAAUGUUCACAAGAGCCAUAGCGAGAAUGAGCAGGUUUGAAGACCAGCCCCUCGAGUUGUCCGAGUGCCUUCAUAUCGGCGAUGAACUCGAAAACGAUUACCAUGGACCGAAAAGAGUUGGAAUGCGAGCACUGCUGCUUCGUAGACCCGGGUACGACAAUAACGUCGACCGGGGAGUAGAAUUGACGAACAUUGAUACUAUUGCCACUUUGGCAGAACUCCAACGGCUAUUUGAAACCGAAUCAUGA